CUCCUCCUCCCUCGGUGUAGGGACAAGAACAUGAAAGUUUCCCCGAUGUACAAAGUUGGAGCGUUCCGACGGAGGUCGUCAAAGUUAGGCUGAAAACAUCCCAGACACCCUUUUUUUUUUAGAUAGUGAACAAAGUUUGGAAAUCAGAGCACUGAAGAGGUUUGGAAAACCGGGGUUUGAUUUCUGCGUUAUGGAGCGAUUCUGGCCGCACGCUGCUGUACUGCGGAUCAUUCUCCUCUUGUAUGCGGUUCCACAGAACGCCCAAGCAGACGUUGCUAAUGGCACAUGUAACAUCGCAAACGUGCCUGGAGUCCUAAACAUUACCUUUGCUAAUGUGAACACCACUGCUGUCCAUUUGAGCUGGCUCCUUCCGGAUUUCCUACCACCGUAUUCUAAAUACGAGAUUCGAACUACAAACAUGUCAGGAGCAACAAUAGCUGAACAAACACUGGACAACAGUAAUAUGGCAGUUGUAACUGGUCUACAAACAGGAACUAGAUAUAAUUUCAAUGUCACAUUGGAAGCAGAUUGUGACUAUAAUGGGGAACAAUUCGGUUACACAAUGCCUGAAGCAGUCACCAACCUUACUGCUGCUGAUGUGACCACCACUGCUGUCAGUUUGACCUGGCUCAGGCCGGGUGACCAUAAACCAGAAUACUCCUAUCAGGUCACUGUUCUUGAAAACGUCACCCAAAAACAACAACUGAACACCACCCCCGAGAACUACACCGUCACCAGUCUGACUUCUGGAGUAAACUACACCUUUCAGGUGUCAACGGUUGUACAAGGAGUCAAAUCCACAGAGGAGACCACCAGUAGUUACACAGUGCCUGGAGCAGUCACCAACCUCACCUUUGCUAAUGUGAACACCACCUCUGUCCGUUUGAGCUGGUUCAAUCCGGAGGACCAACAACCGUAUUAUGAAUACAAGAUUCAAACUACAAACUACACAAUGUCAGGAGCAACCCUAGUUGAACCACCACAGUUAAACAUAAAUACGUCAAUUGUAACUGGUCUACAACCAGGAACGGGGUAUUGCUUCAAUGUCACAGUGGUGGUGCCAGGGCGUGAAUCUGCUGUGGAACACAAACUCGGUUACACAAUGCCUAAAGCAGUCACCAACCUUACUGCUGCUGAUGUGAACACCACUGCUGUCAGUUUGACCUGGCUCAGGCAGGGUGACAAUAAACCCGAAUACUUCUAUCAAGUCACUGUUCUUGAAAACGUCACUCAAAAACAACAACUGAACACCAACACCGAGAACUACACCAUCACCAGUCUGAUUCCUGGAGUAAAAUACACCUUUCAGGUGUCAACGGUUGUACAAGGAGUCCACUCCACAGAGGAGACCACCAGUAGUUACACAGUGCCUGGAGCAGUCACCAACCUCACCUUUGCUAAUGUGAACACCACUGCUGUCCGUUUGAGCUGGUUCAAUCCGGAGGACCAACAACCGUAUUAUGAAUACAAGAUUCAAACUACAAACUACACAAUGUCAGGAGCAACCCUAGUUGAACCACCACAGUUAAACAUAAAUACGUCAAUUGUAACUGGUCUACUACCAGGAACGGGGUAUUGCUUCAAUGUCACAGUGGUGGUGCCAGGGCGUGAAUCUGCUGUGGAACACAAACUCGGUUACACAAUGCCUAAAGCAGUCACCAGCCUUACUGCUGCUGAUGUGACCACCACUGCUGUCAGUUUGACCUGGCUCAGGCAGGGUGACUAUAAGACAGGCUACUCCUAUCAAGUCACUGUUCUUAAAAACGACACCCAAAUACAACAAUUGAACACCACCACCGAGAACUACACCGUAACCAGUCUGAUUCCUGGAGUAGACUACACCUUUCAGGUGUCAACGGUUGUACAAGGAGUCCACUCCACAGAGGAGACCACCAGUAGUUACACAGUGCCUAAAGCAGUCACCGACCUUAAGGUAGCUGAUGUGACCACCACUGCUGUCAGUUUGACCUGGCUCAGGCAGGGUGACUAUAAGACAGGCUACUCCUAUCAAGUCACUGUUCUUAAAAACGACACCCAAAUACAACAAUUGAACACCACCACCGAGAACUACACCGUAACCAGUCUGAUUCCUGGAGUCAAAUACACCUUUCAGGUGUCAACGGUUGUACAAGGAGUCAAGUCCACAGAGGAGACCACCAGUAGUUACACAGUGCCUGGGGCAGUCACCGACCUAACCGUUGCUAUUGUGAACACCACUGCUGUCAAUUUGAUCUGGCAAAAUCCGGAUGACCAACAACCGUAUUAUGGAUACAAGAUUCAAACUACAAACUACACAAUGUCAGGAGCAACCCUAGUUGAACCACCACAGUUAAACAUAAAUACGUCAAUUGUAACUGGUCUACAACCAGGAACUGGGUAUUGCUUCAAUGUCACAGUGGUGGUGCCAGGGCGUGAAUCUGCUGUGGAACACAAACUCGGUUACACAAUGCCUAAAGCAGUCACCAACCUUACUGCUGCUGAUGUGAACACCACUGCUGUCCGUUUGACCUGGCGCAGGCAGGAUGACCAUAAACCCGACUAUUCCUAUCGGGUCACUGUUCUUGAAAAAGACAACAAAAUACAACAAUUGAACACCACCACCGAGAGCUACACCGUCACCGGUCUGACUCCUGGAGUAAUCUACACCUCUCAGGUGGCGACGGAUGUACAAGGAGUCAAAUCCACGGAGGAGAGCAUCACCUUUUACACAAAUCCGGGUACAGUGUCUUAUAUUGUAGCCGUGGGAACUACUACAAAUAUGUCCGUAACCUGGAAAGCUGCAAGUGGCCAGGUGGAUUAUUACUCUGUGCAGCUGACCGGAGAUGGCCAAAUGGACCAACUCCAGUCCCAUCUAAGCAACACAACGCUUCAAGUCUUGUUUGAGAAGCUGAAUCCAGGGACACUGUACCAUAUCCGUGUAUGCGCAAUAAGCGGACCGGGCUCUGAGUGCUCUGCCACUGACAAUGCAACUUUUCCAAACCCUCCUGGUCCUUUGACAGUAGAGUCCCAGACUACUGACUCCAUCAACGUGAGUUGGUCUUCACCUACAGACGAGAAGCCUGGUCAAUACAACUUCUCGGUGUCCUAUCUGAACCGAACCAAGUCCACGGAAAACAGCUGGUUUCUUCUGGAGGACCUCAAGUCAGGGACACUGUAUAACAUCACUGUGGUUACAGUUGGCCCACUAGGCUUACAGAGCGAAAUGGUGUCGACAUCAAAUUCUACCAGACCGUAUCCUGUAAGUAAUUUAACACAGACUGGAAUUGCUCCCAGUUCUUUGGUCUUGACGUGGUCUCAGCACGAAAACCAAUCUGGCUACUUCUACUUGGUGCACGUCUCCAACUCUUCUGAUGACAAAGCUUCCGAAAGCCCGCACAAUAUCUCCGGUCUUGUUUCCGGGGGCAACUAUACUUGCACUGUUACCACGCAAACAGGGGACGGUACCCAGACUCUUUACCCCGGAACAACGCCCUGCUAUACACAGCCCCAUGCUGUGGGCGCCAUAAAUGCUAACACCCAGAACACAACCGCCAUUGGCCUGAGCUGGGGGAAGCCACGGCAGUAUCGGGACACCUACAAAUACAGGAUCGAAGCGAGUGGCUGCGCCUCCCGUAAUGUUACGGUUGUAGACGAACAGGCAGAGAAUGCAGAGCUUUCGCCAGGAACCCAAUGCCGGUUUUGCGUUCUGACCAUCUCUGAGGCAGGCAUCGAAGGGGAAGCCAGGUGCACUCAUCAAUACACCAAACCAGAGCAGGUCCUCCCCACCGUGUCCAACCGUGUCCUCAACCAGGGCCUCAACGACACCAUCCUGGUGUCGUGGGCAGCUCCUGCAGGGAAUGUGGAGAACUAUUAUGUCUACCUGAACAGCAGUGACCAAACCGAAAGUAGGAGGCUGUCCCCCUCAGAUCCCCUAUCCUACCUGUUUGACAACCUCUGUCCCGGGAGAGAGUAUUCGGCCAUGGUGAUUACCAGCAGUGGCCCGUUCAACACCACCUCCAGGGUGUUCACCAAUGCCACUUUUCCGAACCCACCAGAAAAGAUUGAAUCCUUGACAAAAAGCACCAGCUCCAUUGUGAUCCGAUGGCAGCACGCCCAGUUCAAAGCAGACUCUUGGCUCUAUGUGGUGACUUAUGUCCAAUCCAACCAAGCCAAAUCGAAUUUCACCAAUAGCCCCAAUUAUACAUUUUCACACUUGAACUCCGGAACACCCUACAACUUUUCCGUAGCUACAGAGGGGCCAUUGCGCCUUCAAAGCUGCAGUAUUUCGAUCUCCAGUACCACAAAACCAGAGAAAGUCCAAUCCCUCAACGCCAGCACAGAAGAAGAGGCAACCCAGCUUACAUGGGCCAGGCCUGUCGGUUACAAAGCAAGCUAUAGCUACUUGGUAGCAUGGUCUGGUGAACCAAUGGAAAAAGAAACACAGCAGGAGAAACUAGACGUGUAUCAGCUGGAUCCUGGCAGCCCCUACAAUUACAGUGUGACCACAGUGACUUCGGAUGGCACUCGAUCUGAUGCCGUGGAUCUUUCCAAAUGCACAAAGGCCAGCUCCGUGCAAAACCUCAAAUGUUCAAGUCCGAAUGAAAAAAUUGCAAAAAUCGUCUUGGUUUGGAGCCGACCAAACGGCAGUAGCUCUGACUUUAGAAUAGGCCAUCGGCAAAACGACAAUAAGCCAAUUACCAUCACAACGAACCCUGAAAGUUGCAGCCCUGACUGUGAAUACACGAUCAGCAACUUGACGCACUACACAGAAUACCAGGUGACCAUGCAGACGCAGAGCUGUGGAAGCCCCAGCGAACUCGAAUCUCGAAGCUGCACCACUGGCAUCACAGACCCUUUCAUCCCCUCGAACUAUGCAUCAUUAGUGCAAGCGACUGUGAAUGCCCAUGACAGGUUUACCGUAAACAUUGAGCCCCAGAUGCUAGACUCCACCAACGGCCCAAUAAGAUAUUACGGGGUGCUCCUGACCGACAGCCUCAACGACAUGGAUUCAUCUGAACUCAAACAGUUCUUGAACCAAACCUAUGAAAACUGGAGUGCAGGCAAAGCAACCACAUACCUGGCGACAGUGAAAAAAGUUGAGAGUGGAGAUCGCUCAAGAUUUAAAAGAGAAAUCAGCCGAAAUCUGCCUGUGGAAAUUGGGACCGGUGAAGCUUGGAGAGGAUAUACCAAUGGUGCACUGAGAGCCAAUCACAAAUAUCGGUACGCUAUCGUGUUAUUUACCCAGCUGAAUGAGUCGACCGACGGUAAUUUUGUGGAUUCCAAGUACUCUCUUGUCACAAUAACUACCUUCUAUCCUGGAUCUAUUCAAACACCUCUGGACCCAGUCGUCAUCGGCACGGCGAUUGGGGCCUCCCUGGGAGUCUUUUGUGUCCUCUUCAUCAUCAUCAUUGGCUUCAUCAUCUAUUGGAAGAAAAUGAAUAGGAAAGAAUGUUCGGACAUCCAGAUCAAUUCAAUUAGUAGGCAGAAAGUAAACAUCUCUGUGCACGUGGUGGACUACGAGGCCUAUUACAGAAAGCAGAAGGCAGACUCUAACUGUGGCUUCGCCGAGGAGUUUGAUGACCUGAAGCCUGUAGGCACCGCCCAGUCGAGGAAUAGUGCUUUGGCACUGGAAAACAAGACCAAGAACCGCUACAACAACGUACUGCCCUAUGACUCGUCUAGGGUGAAACUCUCUAUUCAGGGGACUCAGUUUGACGACUACAUCAAUGCUAGCUACAUGCCGGGUUACAACUCCAAGAAGGAGUACAUCGGAGCGCAGGGUCCACUGCCCGGCACCGUCAACGAGUUCUGGAGGAUGGUCUGGGAGAAGAACAUCCAGACGCUGGUCAUGCUGACGCGCUGUAACGAGCAGGGACGGGUGAAAUGUGAGAAAUACUGGCCUGAGGACUCCAAGCACUUUGGGAACAACACUGUGACAAUGACAUCGGAAAUUACGCUUGAAGACUGGACUAUCAGGGAAUUUGACAUAAAAAAUGUUAAAACGGCUGAGACUCGCUCUGUGCGGCACUUCCACUUCACGGCCUGGCCGGAUCACGGCGUUCCAGAGAGCACUGAACUGCUCAUCAACUUCAGACACCUGGUCAGAGAGCACAUGGACCAGUACUCUGCAAACUCCCCCACUGUCGUGCACUGCAGUGCCGGUGUUGGUCGCACGGGCACCUUCAUCGCCAUCGACAGGCUGAUCUUCCAGAUUGAGAGGGAGAGUAUCGUUGAUGUGUACGGCACCAUCCAUGACUUGCGAAUGCACAGAACGCUAAUGGUUCAAACAGAGGAUCAGUAUGUAUUCUUGAACCAGUGUGCGUUGGACAUCAUCAGAUCCAGAACUGGAACAAACGUGGAUCUGAUCUACCAGAACACUGAUGCUAUGUGCCUUUAUGAAAAUAUAGAACCAAGGAAAUUUUUACCAAAUAAAUACCACAAUGCAUAGAUCUUGGAAGCGGUUCUCACUCUUCUGCACUCUUCUAAGAUAGACAUUUUAAUUUAUUUUUAUAUGCAGCUUUUUUUUAUAAUUUUUUUAAUGUAAUUUGUCUGUUGUCGAUGAAAACACUGUACAUGUUGAUUUUAUUAUGAUGAUAUAAUAUGGUUAUCUUUUUAUUUCGGAUAGGUCUUUUAUGCUUUUUAUAUAUUUUUUAUCUUUAUGUUUCGUCUAGUAAUAGUUUGUGGAAGAUGUAUCGGUUUGUUUGUUUUAUUUUCAUUUUUUAUAGCUUAGAUUUAGACCUUGAAUGUGAAUAUUACUGAUAUUACCACAAUGAUAAUAACCAGGAACGUUGGCUUGCUAUAGAAAGUCACAUUCACUCUUUUUUGCACUUUCUACCCUCCUACAACCAAUAGGUGGCACACUUUUAUCAUUUUUAGUAGGAAACGUAAUCUCCCUUGAAAAUGAUAACGUAUUUGUGUAUUUUAAUGUUAUUUGCUGAGCUUGCACUGGAUGCAUUUCUGCUACUGUACAACCUUUUUUAUAUAUGACGUGUCAAUAUUUUGUAAUGAAAGUGUUGAAAGAGAUCAUUUAUGAAAAUAUUAACUACUCUACUAUACCUUGAAGGAUUAUAGCUGGGCUAAAUUUGUGUGCACUCAAAAAUAUGUGACUUUUUCUCCCCCUCACAAGGAUAGCGAACCCAUAGAAAUAGACUAAUGUGUAUAUAAUAGGUGCCUUAUUUUCCACGCCGAUUAAGAUAUUGUGAGGAAGAGGGAGGACGCUGACUAAAUGAAACAACAUGGCAUCAAAGGUUAAGCGUCUAAAUGUUAAAAUGCUUGUGAGUGGAAGAGAAAGCCCAGGUCACUUUUGGUUGAUUUAUUGGAAAUGUAGUUACAAUAUUUUGACACCGCCCUUGUCUUUAUGGUUGGUCUUAAAACACAACUCAGGUACUGAAGCAAUGCAGCCAUACAGAGUCUACGUAUGUCAAGCCUACUGUAUUUGGGACCAAGGGGUCCUUUCCGCAUUAUGUUAGUCCCCUUUGCUCUGUACUGUACAUACAUACGUAAGAGAAUAAUGACGUAAUGUCACUUCCUGCUGCAUAUCUUAUCUACUGUAUCCAUUCGUGCGAAUGCUGCAGGAAUGAAACCCCCAGGAGGAUCCCAAACUUCUAUUUUCAGCUCCUAAAGAACAGGGUUUUCCAUGAGGCGGUCCGGCUGUAAGCGUCAGCCAUUGCUUAUCUUCUAAACUGUCCUGUUUUAAGGCCUAUUUGUGUGUUGUUGUACAAUGUUGGAUAAUGUGCUAGUUAUGUUUUGGAAGAUCCGUUGAGCAAUGGAAAACCAAAGUUGAGUUAUUUACUAUUUCAAUCUACUGAAUUAUGUUUAGGGACAAUUUAACCCGUAAUAAAGCAAUCAUUCUUUUGUGAUGCAUCACCA